UCUUCUAACGUGCAAGAACCAGCACUUCUCCAGCACAUCUCUGCUGCUCCCAGAUACAGGGGUAAUGGAGACAUACACACCAUAUGUGCCAGAAAGACUGACCUUCUCACCGUGGGAUUAUGGGGUCUUUGCUAUAAUGCUCCUUGGAUCCACAGGCAUUGGGAUGUUCUAUGCAUUUUCUCAUGGGGGACAGAAGACAUCGGAUGAUUUUUUUACAGGUGGCAGGAAAAUGUCAGCGGUGCCUGUAGGCUUGUCUCUGUCUGCCAGUUUUAUGUCUGCUGUGCAGGUUCUGGGGGUACCAGCCGAGGCUUAUAGAUAUGGUACUAAGUUUAUUCAGAUGUGCAUUGGCCAAACCUUUAAUAGCCUCCUUACUGCCUAUAUCUUCAUGCCAAUAUUCUACAGACUAGGGAUAACCAGCACCUACCAGUAUUUGGAAUUAAGAUUCACCAGAAGUGUACGACUCUAUGGCACUAUACAAUUCCUUUUAGGGACAAUGUUUUACACUGGGAUUGUGAUCUAUGCUCCAGCAUUAAUACUCAACCAAGUUACUGGGUUGGACAUUUGGUCAUCUCUGUUUUCUACUGGAGCAAUCUGCACAUUCUACACUACUGUGGGUGGAAUGAAAGCUGUGAUCUGGACAGAUGUCUUUCAGGUGCUAGUAAUGAUCUCAGGAUUCUUUGCUGUUGCUAUCCGCUGUACCAUACUUGUUGGUGGAGUGUCUGAGGUUAUGGACAUUGCAGGGAACCAUUCACGGAUUAACUUUGGGGACUUUGACCCAGACCCACGUCGGCGCUACACUUUUUGGACUUUUGUUUUCGGCAGUACAUUCCUCUGGCUGUCCAUGUACGGAGUCAACCAGGCCCAGGUUCAACGAUACGUAGCAUGCAAAUCUGAACACGAGGCAAAGCUGGCAAUUCUAGUGAAUCAAGUGGCUCUCUACAUCAUCGUGUCAAGUGCGGUCAUCUGUGGCAUUCUAAUGUUCACAUAUUUUCUGAACUGUGACCCUCUUCUGGCUGGAUAUGUUUCUGCGCCUGAUCAGUAUAUGCCAUAUAUGGUGCUGGAAAUUUUUGAUCAUUAUCCAGGGCUUCCAGGUCUCUUCCUUGCCUGUGCAUACAGUGGAACAUUAAGCACAGCAUCUACAAGUAUCAAUGCAAUGGCAGCAGUAACAGUUGAGGAUCUAAUUAAGCCAAGGUUCCCACAAAUGUCAAUGAAAAAGCUGACCUUCAUUUCAAAGGGACUUUCUUUGCUUUACGGAUGUUCUUGUAUUAUUGUAGCCGCACUAUCUUCUCUUCUUGGGGGUGGAGUGCUUCAGGGUUCCUUCACAGUAAUGGGUGUAAUCAGCGGACCGUUACUUGGAGCAUUUAUGCUUGGAAUGUUUACUGUCUCCUGCAAUACAGCAGGAGUGUUUUCAGGCCUUCUGGUUGGACUCGCCUUGAGCCUCUGGGUGGCAGUAGGAGGUACUCUUUAUCCACCCACAGCAGAAAUGAUGGGAGAACUACCUAUGUAUGCAGAAAAAUGUCCCUUAUACAACUCUAGUCACGGAAUCAUCUAUGGCCCAGCCCCACCUCAAAACAUCUCAACUCCACUAGACCGAUCAGCCAUCACUGAAGAAUUCUACUCUCUGUCCUAUCUGUAUUAUGGCGCCCUGGGAACACUAAGUACAAUCUUAAUUGGUGUUCUGAUUAGCUAUCUGACAGGUCCUACCAAGAGGGAGGAUAUAGCCCCCGGUCUGUUGUGGUGGGAUCUUACCAAGCUUCCCUGUGGCUCAUCAGAGGAUAAAAAGAAAGCUUUGAAGAUAAGUGAUGAGGUCUCUCUCUCAAUGAAAGACAGCUCUCUUCCAUACUCUCCAAAAAUACAAAAUUCACUAUUGAACUCUGAGACUAAAAGUUUCCUGCUGACUCAAAAAUACGCUCAACCAUUGGAAAAUGAACCUUGUCAUCUAGAAAAGUCUACCUCCUUCUCCUCAACCAUCCAUCAUUUGGACAAAGAUUCGUGCAUAUAAGACUGAGCAAUACUUUCUGCUCCUUUGAGACUAGACAGAAGAUAUUAAAAGACUGGAUCCUGCUUAGUAUGAAUAAGCAUUCAAGGAGGUUAAUUGUCCUAAUCUGAGAAUUUUGUUUGUCAGGUCCAUUGAUUUUCAUGUAGCAAUUUUUAGCUAUUUUAUUGCACUUUUCACAAAAAGAGACUGUUUUAUGUUAUGUUACAGAUUAAGACUAUUAAAGGGCAUUGUCCUAGUGGAAAACUGUAUGUGUUAUGCCACUCUUGGGACUUUUUCUAUCCUUCACCUUUACUAUUAACAUCUCUUAAAGCAAUUUAAUAUAUCAAAUAAAACAUAGUUACAGUAAUUUAUCAAUAGAAAGUAGUUACCUCCACUGUAGCCAUGCAGUCUUAGCCAUUUGAUUGGGUUCAUGGGUAUUCCACUAAUGUAACACCAACUCCUGGCUCCCAUGUAAAUAUCAUUGGUCACCUGUCUUCUGCUAUAGCUGUUGUCACUCAACCCUCACAAUAGACAAUACUAAUAAUUCAAUGACAGGUGACGGGAGGGACAGUAUCUUUUUUCUUUCAUUUAAAUAAGCUAAAAUAAUGUAUAAAUUAAUAUAUGCUCUCUGUCUAGAUUUACUGCUCAGGAAAUCCACCAUAAAUUAGCUAGUCAGACACUCUGAAUGAUGUAGAUCAAGGCUAGGUACACACGGCUAUGUGUUCUUCUAAAUGUAUGAACAGGGAUUUCAAUGUCCUAACAUAAUGUCAUAAUUUUAUUAAAGACACAGAGGCGAGUAUUAAUAUGCUAUCUCUUUCUUUACUGUCCAUAUAAAGUCAAUAACAAUGAACAAAAAAAAAAACCCAGAUAAAAUUACUUAAAUCAGAACUUUGAACUAUGAAUAGCAUGAGUAACAAAUAAAAUAUUUUUUUCUUUACGAAUGUCAUGAUAAUACCACCCCUACAUGCAGAACUUAGUUUAGAGCAUAGGAAGAUAGCUUAGCGCGUAUUACCAGACCUUAGAGUGGGCAGACAAAGUAAAGAUACAAGCAAAAGUAAAAUGGCAAAAGUCAAAAUGAAAAAUAUAAACAUGCUGUUUGGCAACCAAGAGGAAACCAUGACAGGGUAAAUCGUAUGGCUGAAAGUUUAUUUAAAUGCCUAUGUGUGCUCUGGUACUCAUCACUCCAGAGAGGUCAGAUAUGAAAGAAAUCAACAACAGUAAUUCAACAGGUGGGAAAAAGAUUAAUGGUCUAAUAAUUGCCUGUGUGUCUUUAAUAAAGUUACGAUUUUAUAUCAUGAAAUAGUAAAAUGUGUGAAUUAUAUUAUAAAAGAAUGAGGCUCCUAUUAUGCAGAUCAAAGCUUUGUUAGGUAAAUGUUGGAUUGGUUGAAAAUUGAAAACUGCUUUACCGGUGGUAUCUUUCCAUGGAUAAGCUCCAUAGAAUCUAUAAAACAAUGUCCAACUUGUGCAGGAGAUGCAAGGCUCAAAUAAAAGAUAUGUUCCAUAUAUGGUGGCACUGCCCAGGGAUUCACUUGGUUUGGUAAUUUGUCUCCCACAUGUUAAUUCACUUUACUAUCCAGAUAGCCAGCACUCCAGCUGCAUAUUUAUGGCUAGACUGCCCCCAAAGUAUUGUAUCAUAAACAAGCUUUAGCUUCUCAUUUAUUAUCAGCUAAAUCUCUCAUAGCUAUCAAUUUGAAAAGUAAUGUAUGCCCUACAGAGACACAGCUAAUAGACACAUCACAUACCAAUUAAAUGCAUAAGGUGGCUAUGGACCUUACUUCAGCACAGAAAAAGGCAAUAAUCCUUAUUUGGGAACCUGUUUUUGCUGUUGAUCCAAAAGAAGACAAAAAAAUAAAACUCCUUCUCGACCCUGGAAUGGCAGUCAGAUCUCACCUUGUAUUGGAAUGGCAGUCAGAUCUCACCUUGUAUCAAGAAGAUAUUAUCCCACAUAUUAAAAAUUAUAUCCCUGAAUAUUAUGAUUUUGCAAGUAUUCAUCCAGUUGCUGUUUAAACAGACUCUUCACGUGGUGAAUUCAACACCCUAAUUGUUCUUACAGUAAAAAA